AUGCGGCAGAAGCGGGCCAAGGCGUAUCGGAAGCUCAUGUCACUUUAUUGCAUAUCUUUCGGAUUCCGGGAGCCAUAUCAGAUUCUAGUUGACUCUGAGAUAUGUAGGAUCGCCACAGAGUCAAGGAUCGACCUGUCAAAACAAUUGAGUACUGUGCUGCAAGGAGUGACGAAACCCAUGAUCACGCAAUGCUGUAUACACGAACUUUAUCUCCGGGGGAAGUCUCAGCAAUCGGCCGUAGACCUUGCAAAACUUUUUGAACGUCGAAAGUGUAACCACAGGGAAGCCAUCCCUGGGGAUGAUUGCUUGGCAAGUGUAGUUGGGGAUAGCAAUAAACAUCGCUAUGUGGUAGCCACGCAGUCGCAGCCCCUUCGCGCCAAACUUCGUCUUAUACCUGGCGUUCCGAUUAUUCACAUUAACCGGUCUGUGAUGAUCCUCGAACCACCUAGCGAAGAAACCCUCAGGGUAAAACAACAAAAAGAACAAGAAGCUCUCGGCCCAGCGGCUGCCGAAUUGGUAAAAUUACCUCAGCAGCCAAGCAAUCCUCCACGCAAGAAAAAGGGACCCAAGGGACCAAAUCCUCUUAGUAUGAAGAAGAAGGUGGCGCAGGCCAGCCACGAUAGCACUGCCCCUCCAUCUGCAAGUGACCUUUCCAUUGGGGAAAAGAGAAAGCGGGAAGAAAAUGACGAACAGUUAACUGCUACGCGCAAGAGGAAGAGACGUAGAAAGCACGGUGGUGGACCAACUUCGUCUGUUGUCACAACCGCCUAG